CUCGGCUCAUGCCCCCAAAGCAAAGCCCCGACUCCACGGUCAGACAACCCUCUAGACGCGUCCACCUCAGCGCCGCCAGCUGCCAGGCCACCCGUGACGCACUACGCCUGCGCCGCCGCCCCGCCCCGUGACGUCACGACGCCCGCGCCGCCGCCGUCGCUGCGGUCGUGCGAGUCUUCCUAGUAGACUGGGCGCUAGCUGUGGGUGUUCACAAGAAUUGUCUUCAGUCAUGGCCUUGGGUUUAAGGUGCUCCCGCUUGGUCCACCCUGCCUUUUGCAACUUCCUUGCAGCCUUGACCAGACCUGUUUCAGAAGUUACGCUGAAGACAGUGAGUGGAAGACAGAAUGACCACGGGCAAUACCUAGCCUAUCCAGCUGUACCAAUCCGUCAUUUCGCUACCAAGAAAGCCAAAGCCAAAGGGAAAGGACAGUCCCAAACCAGAAUGAAUCUUAACACUGCCUUGGUUGAGGAUAUAAUCAGCUUGGAAGAGGUGGAUGAAGAAAUGAAGUCGGUGAUAGAAGCGCUCAAGGAUAAUUUCAAUAAGACUGUCAAUAUAAGGACCUCACCAGGAUCCCUUGAUCAUAUCACUGUGGUAACUGCUGAUGGGAAACUUGCUCUAAACCAGAUUGGCCAGAUCUCCAUGAAGUCGCCACAGCUGAUUUUGGUGAAUAUGGCCAGCUUCCCAGAGUGUACAGCUGCAGCUAUCAAGGCUAUAAGAGAAAGUGGAAUGAAUCUGAACCCAGAAGUGGAAGAGACGCUAAUUCGGGUACCCAUUCCCAAGCCUGUCACUGUUGUGGCCUCUCCUAUUGCGAAGCGCGAAGCACAGGCUCCGGACGCGCAGGCUCAGCGGCCAUGGCUCGCGGGCCCAGCCGCUCCGCGGCAUGUGGGAUCUUCCCGGACCAGGGCACGAACCCGUGUCCCCUGCAUCGGCAGGCGGACUCUCAACCACUGCGCCACGAGGGAAGCCCGGCGGAGUGUCUCGCUUCGGUUCCCGCUGCUUCUGCUGCUGCUGCCGCCAUCCCCCGUCCUGCCAGCGGCCCCCGGGGCACCCGCGCCGGUGAACCCCUGUUGUUACUAUCCGUGCCAGCACCAGGGUAUCUGUGUCCGCUUCGGCUUUGACCGCUACCAGUGCGACUGCACCCGCACGGGCUAUUCCGGCCCCAACUGCACCAUCCCUGAGCUAUGGACCUGGCUCCGGACUACUUUGCGGCCCAGCCCCUCUUUCCUCCACUUCCUGCUGACGCAUGGCCGCUGGUUCUGGGAGUUUGUCAAUGCCACCUACAUCCGGGACAUGCUCAUGCGUCUGGUACUCAUAGCGCGUUCCAACCUCAUCCCCAGCCCCCCCACCUACAAUGCAGCGCAUGACUACAUCAGCUGGGAAUCCUUCUCCAACGUGAGCUACUACACGCGUGUUCUGCCCUCUGUGCCCCAAGACUGUCCCACGCCCAUGGGGACCAAAGGGAAGAAGCAGUUGCCCGAUGCCGAGCUCCUGAGCCGUCACUUCCUGCUUAGGAGGAAGUUCAUCCCUGACCCCCAAGGCAGCAACCUCAUGUUUGCCUUCUUUGCGCAACACUUCACACAUCAGUUCUUCAAAACUUCUGGCAAGAUGGGUCCUGGCUUCACCAAGGCUUUGGGCCAUGGCGUCGACCUUGGCCACAUUUAUGGAGACAAUCUGGAACGUCAGUAUCACCUGCGGCUCUUUAAGGAUGGGAAACUCAAGUACCAGGUGCUGGACGGAGAGAUGUACCCGCCAUCGGUGGAAGAGGCGCCCGUGCUGAUGCACUACCCCCGGGGCAUCCCGCCCCAGAGCCAGAUGGCAGUGGGCCAGGAGGUGUUUGGGCUGCUUCCGGGGCUCAUGCUCUACGCCACGCUCUGGUUGCGUGAGCACAACCGAGUGUGUGACCUGCUGAAGGCUGAGCACCCCACCUGGGGCGAUGAGCAGCUCUUCCAGACGGCCCGCCUCAUCCUCAUCGGGGAGACCAUCAAGAUUGUGAUCGAGGAGUACGUGCAGCAGCUGAGUGGCUACUUCCUGCAGCUCAAGUUUGACCCAGAGCUGCUGUUAGGCACCCAGUUCCAGUACCGUAACCGAAUUGCCAUGGAGUUCAAUCACCUCUACCACUGGCACCCGCUCAUGCCCGACUCCUUCCGGGUGGGCCCCCAGAACUACAGCUAUGAGCAGUUCCUGUUCAACACCUCCAUGCUGGUGGACUACGGGGUCGAGGCCCUGGUGGACGCCUUCUCUCGCCAGCCCGCGGGCCAGAUCGGCGGGGGUAGGAACACAGACCACCAUGUCCUAUACGUGGCUGUGGAAGUCAUCAAGGAAUCGAGAGAGUUGCGGCUGCAGCCCUUCAAUGAGUACCGCAAGAGGUUUGGCAUGAAGCCCUACACCUCUUUCCAGGAGCUCACAGGAGAGAAGGAGAUGGCAGCUGACUUGGAGGAGCUGUAUGGGGACAUCGAUGCCUUGGAGUUCUACCCAGGGCUGCUUCUUGAGAAGUGCUCUCCAAACUCCAUCUUUGGGGAGAGUAUGAUAGAAAUUGGGGCUCCUUUUUCCCUUAAGGGCCUCUUAGGGAAUCCUAUCUGUUCUCCAGAGUACUGGAAAUCGAGCACAUUUGGCGGUGAGAUGGGUUUCAACCUUGUCAAGACGGCCACGCUGAGGAAGCUGGUUUGCCUCAACACCAAGACUUGUCCCUACGUCUCCUUCCACGUGCCGGACCCCCGCCAGGAGGACGGGCCUGGAGUGGGGCGGCCAUCCACAGAGCUCUGAGGGGCCAGGGCAGCAGCAUUCUGGAGGGUAGAGCUUACUGCUCAUCAUUCCAGAAUGCUGAGGCCAGGGUUGAUAAUCUUCAAUGUUGGGUUUCUGAUUUGGUGUUGAGAGCAUCAGCGUGGACGUUUAGAACUCUGGGUCUCUCACCACGAUCUGGAACACUGUGGUUUUGUUUGUCGAUCUAGAAUGCUGAAUUCCUGGUGAGCCAUCUAGAAAGUGAGGAGUGAUUCUCCUUCGGAAUGCCAGAACACUGGUUUCCGGUUGAUCACCUAGAAUGUCAGAUUUCUGGCUGAUCCAGAAUACAGGCAUUCUAAAAUAUGGGACUCCUGAUGGAAUCAUCUAGAAAGUUAAGGGGUUCUUAUUUUGCAUCUAGAAUUCUGGGUGGUCCUCCGGAGUGUUGACUUUCUGAUUGGUUAUUCAGAAUGUGGUGUUCCUGGUUGCUGAUCCAGAACAGUAACUGGUGUGCUAUAGAUCUGUCCUGUCCUGAAUGUCUGGAGCAUUGAUGAUUCAUUUUCCUGUUCAGUGAGACAUCCACAGAGCAGGGGAAUCUAAUGUCUAAUGAGAAUGCAUUGCCUGAAUCUGUGCCUGCACAGAGGAGGCAAGGAGGUGGGGUGUUCUGCUUGGGACCCCAACUGAGACCCUGGUCCGAGGCUAUAGAGAGAACAGGUGGCUUUUUCCAGGCCAUUGACUGGAAGCCACCAGAGCUCUGUCUUUGUCCAGAUCUUGACUCACGGCAGCUGUUUUUCAUGAAGUUAAUAAAGUUCUUUUUCCAAA